UGGACAGCCCUUGUUUUCUCCAUUGAUCUUCGUUGUUAUCCGUCAAAUUUGGAGAGCUUUCUGCGGUCAAAACUCAGCUCUGCGUCAAUUGACAAGUAAUUAGACGAACACACGAGCGAGCGAGAGAGCUUCAAUGGAGUCUCCGUUCAAGCCCGAUAUUCUGAAAGGGAAGGUUGCCCUUUUGACGGGUGGAGGCUCUGGAAUUGGGUUCGAGAUAGCCACUCAGUUCGGCAAACAUGGUGCCUCUGUUGCGAUCAUGGGCCGCCGCAAACAGGUCCUGGACUCUGCUGUUUCCACUCUCCAAUCGCAGGGAAUUCGGGUUAUUGGACUUGAGGGAGAUGUUCGCAAGAAGGAAGAUGCAAUGAGAGUCAUUGAAUCAACCAUCAAGCAUUUUGGCAGACUUGACAUUCUUGUGAAUGCUGCAGCUGGGAAUUUUCUUGUAAAUGCAGAGGAUUUAUCUCCUAAUGGAUUCCGCACAGUUAUGGAUAUUGAUUCUGUAGGCACAUUCACAAUGUGCCAUGAAGCAUUGAAGUAUCUUAAGAAAGGGGGACCAGGAAGGGGCCCAUCUAGUGGUGGAACAAUUUUGAACAUUAGUGCAACUUUGCAUUAUACAGCAUCUUGGUAUCAAAUUCAUGUAUCUGCUGCUAAGGCAGCUGUUGAUAGUAUUACAAGGUCCCUGGCACUGGAGUGGGGGACCGAUUAUGAUAUCAGAGUUAAUGGGAUUGCACCAGGACCCAUUGGUGAUACUGCUGGAAUGAGUAAAUUAGCACCUGAGGAGAUAGGGAAGAAAAGAGAGGAAUACAUGCCACUUUAUAAAUUGGGGGAGAAAUGGGACAUUGCAAUGGCUGCUGUCUACCUAGCAUCAGAUGCAGGUAAAUACAUUAAUGGAACAACACUUAUUGUUGAUGGAGGACUGUGGCUGAGCCGGCCACGCCAUAUUCCAAAAGAGGCAGUGAAGCAACUCUCACGGGUGGUAGAAAGGAGGUCUAGAGAUGCACCUGCUGGGCUUCCAACAAGCAAGCUGUAGCAUUUGCAUUGAAAAUGAUCAUAAUAUAUUUAGUCUGCUAUUAUAGCCUCCAUGACUCCAUCAGGCUCUUCCAAAUUGAGACUUGCAUUAUAUCUUCUGCUGAGUAGUCAAAAACCAUUAUAGCAACCCAGGAAAGAGGGAGUUAGUCGCAUGUAUGCAUACAAGCUUAAUAUAAUUUAUAAUUAUGUAUUAAACAACUCAAGGAAGGACACGCUCGUCUAUUUGUUGAUGGAUUUUAACUUAAAUGGUUUCUCUGAAUCCUACUAGCAAGCCUGGAGAUGGGAAUUUGUGCCAUGAUUUUUCCAGGUACCUAAAGAAUGCAGCAUUCCGGUACUUUUCAAGAUGUAGUUACUGAACAGAUGAAAGACUUUUUAAACUUCACUACUUGGCGAAAGAGAUUUCAGUCCAAACGUUUAUUAUCAAAAGUUCAAAACAAUAGAAAGGACCAUGAACUUGUUAAUUUGAUAACAAUUUUUACUUA